UCCAUCUCCUCUCUAGGCACCGGGGUGCUCGUCGUGCCCUGACACUGUCUCGCUCCUGGACACAGCGCAGCUUUGGCUAAUCAUAAACACAUCAGCAUUUCUCUCCAUUCCUUCUCAUCGCCCUGUGCUCCAAGAAGAAGAAGAAGCAAAGAGAGGUCCGUGGCAGCGGAUGAGCGUGCCUUUGUGGCACCGCUGGCCGGGCGGGCUGACAGAGGCGGCAUUGUUCGCAGGCUGUGCCCCUUGGCAGCCGGGGAAGGUGGGAUCUGCGCCCUGCAUACGGAAUCGGUGAGCGGGGACAGGCCUGGGGAGCUCCGGGAGCUGCAUUGAUGCCCGCAGGGAGUUCCAGGGCGCUGCUCAAACAGCUUCUCCCGGCGUCUUCUGCACAAUGCAAAGGGGGUCUAGGAUGAGGAGUCCUUGGUAAUCAAAGCCCAGAAGCUUUUGCUUCCUCACUGGGAGAGCCUGUAUGAAGACCUGUGUGGAUGAUGUUAUAAGAAACAGAAGGUGCAUGCAGCACAGAUGUCAGUCUUCUUCAAGGAGUAACUUCUUCAACCCCAAGUGAUACCAGCUCCUGCUAGUACCAUGGGGCUAGAGGGUGUUUUUUUAGGCACUGGACAGAUCCACGUAAUCCUGUGGGGAAGUUUGGCAGCCAUGACAACACUCUUGUUCCUCACCUUCCUCAUCUUCCUUUGCUCCAGCUGCAAUGGGGAAAAGAAGGCCAAAAGUCAGAAUGGAGAUCAUGAAAAUCUGAUGAAUGUGCCUUCCGAGAAGGAGGUGUUCAGCCAUUCCAUCACGAGCUCGGUCACGGAGCCUCCCCCGAACAGUGAACAGAACGGAGCCCUCAGCAACGGUGAGGUUCUUUCUGAGGACAGUACAGCUGCCUGUAUCCAGCCUUAUGAAGAAGUACAGACAUCUGAUCUACUAGAUCAACAGGAUGGUCUUGGAAAGUCUAUAAAGUGUCACCAGAGCCGGGAACUACCCAGUAUUCCCCCUAACAACCCCAUGGAAACUAUAAUCUCAUCUAGAAAUGCAGAAAAUGAUCAAGGUCUUGGAAUGGAAGGGCCUUAUGAAGUCUUGAAAGACAGUUCCUCUCAGGAGAACAUAGUUGAAGACUGCUUGUAUGAAACUGUGAAGGAAAUUAAAGAUGUUGGAGCAGUAGCCAGCAUGGAAGGGAACUCUAACAGCAAAUCAAAGGCUUCACUGACAGUUUCUGAAGGUCAGAAUCAGAUUCCUGAGUGCAGAAUUGAGUCAGCAGAGUAUGCAUCUGUUGACCGAAAUAAGAAGAGUCGCCAAAGUGCAAAUUCAGAAAGUCCUCUUGACAACAUACCAGAUGUAGAGGAUGAGCUUCCCCCUCCAGUACCCAUGAAACUUCUUGAUGAAAAUGAAAAUGUGCAAGAAAAAGAAGUGGAAGAAGAAGUGACAGAAGGAGCGAGUAAACCAGAAAAGAGGCUUAGUUCAGUGUCUUACAAGUCUCGAGAGGAAGAUCCAUCUCUCACAGAAGAUGAGAUCUCAGCCAUGUACUCAUCGGUGAGUAAGCCGGGACAGGCCAUCAAGGCACUGGAUUCUCCUUACACCUGCAUUCAAGAAAUUGCAUCUCAGAGGUCCCCGUCUAUUUGCAGUGGCCUCUAUGCAAGUGUGAAGGACUUUGAAAACACCCUCAAUUCCACCACUGUGCCUCAGUCAGCGGACAGACCAAACGGGGAGCUGGAGCCGGACUAUGAAGCUAUCCAGUCAGUGAGCCAAGAGGAAGACAGGACCUUGUCGGUGCCCACCACAAACCACACUGCUCUUUCAGGAGAGAACGACUACGAGAGCAUAGGGGACUUGCAGCACCACAGGGAAUUCACCAGGCUUUAACUACUCCAGCAGCAGAUUUCCCCACUGUUAUUUUCAAAGGACAAGUGAAACGUGGAGGGGGAAGUGCUUUUCCUAUGGAACACAAGUUGUGAAGAAGCAAUGUACAUUUCAGCUGGGGUGUGAUAGCUGCUGGUUUUUCUGGGUGGUGGAUCAAGGCUCAUGGGAAAGGGUACGUCAGGUCAGAAAGAUGACCAGGAAAAUGUAAAGGUUUCUUUAUUGUUAUUAGCUCCAAGGCAAACGUAAUUUGGGAAGGCGUGCCAUGCUUGUCGUCCUGACAGGAUUACGUACCAAAAAGACUACCCUUACACAAAACUAGCUUCUCAUUUUAAGAGAUUAUUUUAUGUAAUUUUCUUCAAAGUGUUUUUCAAGCAUAAUUUUUCAUUCAAGUUUUGGCAUCUGCAAUGUUGAGCAAACCACAGAUAAUUAAUUGUACCUCAACUCAGACUUACUCUGCGGGGCUGGGGAAGAUGCACUCACUUCUGUGUCUUUUGGGGAGCUCUGUCCACCUUCACUGCAACUAAAGUGCAAAAAACAGUUGUUCACAAGGGACUGACUCCAAAUGUACUUGAAUUAAUUCUGCUGGCUUUUUCUUUUUUUUUUAAUGUCAAGGGCUGUAGAAUGUGACUUGCAGUAUUUGAGAUGUGUACUGGUAUUUGUAGGGGUUUUGUUUGAUUAUUUCUGAAAUAUUCCUUUGAAAUGGCAACGGUCACUCUUAGUAUUCUUGCACUGUUUCCCUCAAAUAGACAUAAACACCUGCACAUACACACCCCAGACCAUUGUUGUGUUGCAAAAAUUGUGCAAUUGAAUGCAUUGGCAUAAUGUGUAGUCUAACCUUAGUAGUGUUGAGUAAUUAUUUUUUUGUUGCAGAAUUUUGCCCUUUUUAAAGACUUAACUAUUUUAAUUUUGUCUAGUUUCUUAUAUAGGAAAAGUUAUGUACUGUGUUGAGUGGGUAAUACUUUUUUUUUUACAACGUAUUUUUCAUCUUCAAAGUUUUUAUAGAUUAACUUACUGGGGUUUGUAACAGGAGGAAUCCCAUUCUUUAUUUGGGCUUGUUUUUUGGUGUUUUAAUUUUUUUCCUAUUUCAAAAGUAGAUAAAUGAAAAUUAUCUACUGGGGUUGUUUUGUUGACUUUUUCUGCCUCCUUGAGCAGGGAAAUGGAACAUGCCUUGCUGUUUUUAAGCUAAAAUAAUGGAGUCUAUGUAAAAGAACACUGCCACAGGGCAAAAAAGAGGCAAAAGAGACAGUGGGAUUUAGUCAGGCAUAGCCACUAGUCCUCCUUGUUCUUCUGCUAAAAGGAGCAGGAGGGCAGCCAAGACCUACUAUAGGGCCUCUGACAAACAGCUUGAAAGCCACUGGCUUUUCAGAAAUGCUGAGUUACUCUGUUACUGUGAAAAACAAAGUACAGUGCUUGGAUGAAAUAAGCAGGUACUGGAUUGCUACCUUUUUUCUUCAAGAAUAAUGCAAUAAACAGUAAAAUGGUACAAGAAUAGUCCAACAGUAAAGAACAAGCAUUGUGUGACAUGCAUGUGCACAUAUCCCCAUGUAUAUAAGCAUACUCUUGUAAUUUGGACACAAGUAUAAGUUAUAGUCCAAGCUUGGCAACAUUCACAUACAUAAUAUCUGGCAUGUGCUUGAAGAGCAGUUUA